GACCUACUUGAACUUCUAGAUCAAGUAGAGAAUGCAAUUUCAGUUGAAGGGUCAGCUUGGUUGAAGACCAGAUACAUUCAUCUGGUAUUUGCAGUAAAACCAGUGAUAAGAGACCUGUAAAGGUUAAGUCAACUAGUAAUAAAGUGGAAAUGAAGGCACUAGAGGAGGCUAGUUUGCAAUUUUCUGAUCCUUAUUUUCUUGUUUUAGAGGUCACUUAGAAACGUGCCACUACUUCAGAUGGAGCUCAGUGUUCGUUGAAGGUUCUACAGUGUGAUUGUGUGUGAUUGAGCAUGGAGACUCCGUACGAGUUAUUGGAGAAUUUGAUAACCAGGGAACUAGUUAUUUAAAUCAUGACAAUAAUCUUCUUGUUAUACACCCAAACCUACUACUUUCCGGGACUCGGUUUCAAUUGUCCUAGACGAGCAGUGUUGGAUGAGAGGUUGAGAGGUGGUGAAACCUCUACUGCAGCAUUAACUGGCACCUUGCUGCACCAAAUCUUUCAGGCUGGGCUUUUAAGGGAGAAUCCCACAAUAGAGCCGCUUCAGGAAUUUGCAAAGAGUGUUAUUCAAAAAAACAUUCAAGGCAUGUAUGCAUGUGAAGUACAGGAAAAAGAUAUGUGUGAAACCUUGAAUAAUACAAUUCCAAUGAUCUGCAAUUGGAUAAAAUAUUUCCGGGACUCUCAGAUUUCCAAUGCACCUACAGUUGAUAAGCUUAAUGAGCUUAAAUCAUUUAAAGAAGUGUUUCUACAACGAUUUUCAAGAGAUGGCAUUUCAAGAGGGAAUAUUUCAACUAGUUAGAUUUUAUUUUGUUCUUUUAGAUUGAACAAGAAUGACUUAUCUUUUAGUUUUUUAGAAUUUAAAGACGAGGGUAUGUGAUUUUUGGUUUCACAUAACUUGAAAUUAUAUUGUCAACCAUCUUUUGAGUAAUGAAAUUUUCAUUUGUUUAUGAUUGA